UGGCAGCUUGCUCUAAUUUGUCUGGCCGCUAUACCAUGCGCUUUUUACAGCAUGGCUAAUACAUUUCUCAGCGCCUCGUCUGACCACUACUGCCAGGUACUAAAUAACCAGACGUAUACGGACAACUCUAUUCUAAGGAACUGUACGAUUCCGUACGAGGUUGAUGACGAUGGCGAUAUAGAAUGGUCAAAAUGUGAGAGGUUCAAUAUAACUAGGUACGAUGAAUGCGCCUCUGAUCAACUUGCUACAAUAGAAUGUGACAACGGAUGGGUCUACGACACGGAUACGUAUGAGAGUACGGUGGUCCACGAAUUCGAUUUAGUGUGUGACAAGGACUGGUUGAAACAGAUGUCUAAAUCGAUUGUUUUGUUUGGAAAAUUGGUUGGUGCUUUAGUAUUUGGACAACUUUCCGAUAGAAUCGGACGUAAACCUGUAUUUUUCUUCAGUUUAAUCUUUGGUAUUGUCGUCGGUAUCAUCACGGCAUUUUCUCCUAGUUAUGCGUUUUUUGCAGUGGGUCAGUUCUUCUUGGGGACGGCUGCAUCUGGGAUGUAUUUAGUAGGAUUCGUAAUAUGUGUGGAAUUGGUUGGCCCUCCAAGACGUACGUUCGCAGGUACGAUGAUCACCGCAUUUUUCGCUAUCGGUUACAUGAUAUUGGCCGUGAUAGCCUUUCUGUUGGAUGGACACUGGAGGAAACUGCAAUUUACAUUAUCAGCGUUGUGUAUACCCCUUCUUUCGUAUUAUUGGUUGAUUCCUGAAUCUGUACGAUGGCUUGUACAGCAAGGAAAAUACGACAAGGCUGAGAAAGUACUCGAGAAAGCUGCAAAGAUGAACAAGGUUACUUUACCUGAAAAUAUAUUCGACGAACAAAGACUUGAGCUAGAUAAGAAAGUUGAAAUUGUAGAGGAAGAAAAAGAAAAGAAAUACAACAUGUUUGAUUUGAUGAAGACGCCGCGAAUCCGAAUACGAUCGCUGAACAUAUUUUUCAAUUGGUUCUGUAAUAGUAUGGUGUACUACGGCCUUUCUUUGAAUACGGAUGGUUUAGCAAAGAAUGCUUAUAUUAGUUUCUUUAUAUCUGGUGCCGUGGAAUUGCCAGCGUACGCUCUGUGUAUUGUUCUACUCGACAGAACAGGAAGGCGCAUCAUGCUAACUACGUUCAUGAUACUUGGUGGCGCUGCACUCAUAGCAUCCUGUCCGUUUCUGGAAGAUGAAUGUGAGUAUAUUCGGCGACGCACAGACCACGCACGCGAGAGCAGGUGA